GGCUGACACUUUUUGUCUCCUUGUAUAUUGCAGAUGUUUUUCAUAUGCGUGGUCAGUCGUGUUUUGCUCUCAAUCGGUGCAGUAUGGCCGUUGACGCUGAUGCGUGAGUUACUAGUGAUCUGUAGCGUUUAUCGACGCACAUCAGGAAACAAUCGGUUUACCUACAGUUCUUUGUGUAUUGGAAUUAGCGUGAACAUUUUAGGAAAUAUACUAUCACCAGCCUGGAAACUACCCGAGGGUAGAACACUACGUUGAAGUCAGAAGUAAAUGUGUAUGUGCGCUUUUCGAUACUCGUGCCACGCGAAGAACUAGAAAUCUCAUCUGUAUCAUAAGUUCGUUGUGGGUCCUGGGAUCAAGGAUGGGAGUUAAAGACUAGAUGUCCGUGAAGCUU